AUGCAUCGCAAGGUAGGACGAUACAAUGAUGUCAUAAUCCUGUAUGAAGCAUCAUGCGUUAAAGGUCGCCUUCCAAACAUUGGAGCAAUGGAGAAUCUCGCUAGCAGCGUCGACAUUGGAUCUCCGGAUGCCGCUCUCGACAUACCGUCGACUAAUCGAUUUCAACCCUCCAGUGUGUCUGCUCAAAGCCGGUCUGAUAGGAAUAAGGAGCUGAUUCAACAAAUCGAGAUGCAGUAUUGGGCGAAACGACUACUUUACAAGGAAUACGCCGUUCUUCACUCAUUAAUGCUACGCGCUGCAUCAGAUUCGAGUGAGGAAACAGGAGAGUUUCUGAAUGAAGCGCUUGCCUCCAUGAAACGAAGCGUCGCAAAAGGAAGGCUUUCUAUAACCGCCCCUGUAGCAAAGAAGAGGCACACGUCUUCUUUGAACCGGAGGAAACGGAAGGCAAAAAUUGAAACACACAAAGAAUACGCGAUCGCGGAUGUACGAGUUUGUGGAUAUUGUUCCUUGGAAAAUCCACUUAGUAGUGAUAGCAAUGACGUAUACUGGUUGAAAUGUACCUCUUGCAACACGUGGAGCCAUCUGAAUAACUGUGCUAUAUUGAAUAGUAAGUGCACUAUCUGUAGUUUUGGAACUUUGGAAUACAGCGAGUGUUAG